UCCUCACCUUCGUCUAUAAGUCAAAUCAGUAGUUCAAGCAGAAUUAGUACUAGUAGAACUAAUAAUAGUACUAGUAAAGUUAGUAGUAGAUCUAGGAAUGAAGCAAAUAGUACUAGCAAAGCUAAAACAAGUGAAAGUACAAGCAAAGCUAAUGUAACAAGAGCUAGAACAGCAAAAGAUCUACCUUUUGUAAAUGUUACUGUUAAUUCUCCUAUAGCUAAGAGGAAACUAGAGUUAAAUAUAAGUAACGAUAAAGCUGUAGAUAAAAGUAAGCAAAAAGAGAAUAGAAAAGUAAACAAUGACAAAGAAGCUAAAGACAUUAAAACAAAUGAAAAUGAUAACAGAGAAAGAAUUAGAUCAAAAACAAGGACUUUAGAUGAUAACGAAGUGAAGGAAUUGACGCCUGAUAGAAUAGAUAAUAAUGAAGAAAUGAUAAAUUUGAAGCAGAAAUUGGUGGCGAGACCGAAAGCUUUUUACGUAGGGCUUGAUGAAGAUAAGGAUAAGGCUCCAACCAAAAGCGAUGAAGACGUAAGUUACGAAGAUGAUUUCGAGAGCUACGAAUCAGACUUCGACUCCUACCAUAGCGAGAGGAGUCAAGCGAGCUCUGAACACGAGGAAGGGAGAGAGAUAGAUGGGGAGGGAAGAGAGAAGGAGAAGGAUGAGGAGAAUAUGCUGGAUUCAGGAAGUUUCGACCUUCGCGAGCAGCGCUCAGCCAAAUCCAAGCCAACAGCCAUGGAGUUCAUCACCGAAACGGAGGAAGACAAGGCUAGUUCUCUGGACGAAGGGUUUCAGGACAGCUCCAGUGCUGUGUCCAGCAUGAGGACCGUGGAAGUGCAAGAAAGACCUCUUUUCAUAGAUUUCAACAAAUCAAAGGAGAAGAAACGCAAAAAACGCAUAGUCGAAAACAUGAUGCGUCGAGCAAAAGACAUAUUGAGCAUGGUAACACUGCACGAAAUGUCAUUCACUCUCUUCGAAAUGAAGCCCAUAUCUUAUGAUUUGUAUAUGGCAACAUUUGGCAGGACAAAUUACACGCAAAGUGCAGUGCAAACUUUUGAUGAUGGUAUCACUGAAGAAAUCCAAACUGAUGAAAUUGAUGUUGAAAAUAAAUGGACUCAGCAUCCAGUUAAAUUUUCAAAAGCAGAUAUUUAUUUAAAUGAUCAUACUUUGAAGAAAAAUAAGAGGAGUAGCGAUGAUUAUACGUCGAAAUUUAGGUUUUUAUUUGAAGAUCGUGAGACUAAUGAAAUUGAAGCGUUUAAAGAAUACAAAGAUAACGAAUUAAGGAUAUUACUUGAGCAAAAAAGUGGUGUUGGUAAUUGUGAAAUGUUGCCAUAUGACAUAUAUGAGAGUAAAUUAAAGGAUAUUAAUACAAACUCACUAGGAAAGUUUUUGAAAAGAGCAGAAAGAAAAGUCAGCCAUGUUUUAAAUUUAAAUGGAACGGUGACAGAUAACGCAACAAAAUCAAACUUACCUUUUAGCUCUGGAUAUGUUGGUAUAACAACGAAAAAAGUGUCAGAAGAGAAGCCUUUCCUAAAAGACGCGAAAAUUACAAGUUUAAUCUUUUCAGAGGAUAAAAGUAGUUUAAUUUUGACAGUGCAUAAGAAAUUCAGUAAUGGCGUUUUGGCGGGAAAAAGUCUGGUUUGUUUAUGGGACGCCAGUGUUGCCAGGAGUGAGCCUAUAAAAAUAUUAGUUGCCAUAGACAAUGUGGUUAUAGGAAGGUUUAGAGGAAAUACUGAUGGAUUGGUUGUAGCUGCUUUGGAAGAUGGUUCCUUACAUCUUUGGGACUUGUCAGAAGAACCAACAUGGCUGGACGAUGUUGCCAGCUCGAAAAAAGAUGAAUUAGUUCAAGUAAACACGGAACUAUUGACGGCUGCUGAAAUUGAUAGAGAAUUCAAUCAGAAGAAUAUCAAUGUCAACGAUGAUUAUCAGCGACCACAGAUACCACACGCAUUACAAGCGUGUGCAUACACGAGCAGUGCUGCCAACUUGACAGACGAAGAGGUCAUUGGCCGCACGGUUGGGUUGGAGUUCCUCCGAGCAACGCAAGCGCAGGACAGUGACAGAAGAGUUGUGGGCCAGAUCUGUUCAUUACAACGACUAGGAGUCCUAACAAUAUGGACGAUAAUUCAAGAAAAAUCCAAAACUCACGACCUAGGCAAAGCGUUCUGGUCCAAAAUGAGACUAGAAAAAACUCAAACGAUAUCUCUCACCAAACUUCUAUGCGCAAAAGACAUAAGCGACAACGCUUUCAAUCUAAACGCUGGUAAAAAAAGAAUGUUAAAAAGAAAACAAGAGAAAGUACUGGCCAGAAAUUUUUCGCGCCAAAAGUCAGAGAGUGACAUUGACAGACCGCGCAGUGUUGCCAACGCAAGAAGGUUGCCAGUCGAAAAUAAAUUACCCCACGAGUGGGAAAGUGGGGUUGUGUGUGAGGAUUUGAAGAUAGUGCAGUAUAAUAAUAGUGAUAGGUUGUUGGUGGCCAAAAAUGAUGGAGAGGUGUUGAGUUGCACGAGGAGUUUGGGCGCAGUGAAGAUUGAGAGGCUGUGUGUAUCUACGGACACCUCCUCAAUAACUUGCCUGGAGGUUUCACCGCAUGGACCUUAUUUCCUAGCAGCAUCAGACCAUGGAACCGUCUCUCUAUACUCUCUUACGGAGAGUAGAGUGCUACUCACACUCGACUGCCGCAAUGCUCCUCCUCAAGAGUCAUGGCAGGCAGACUUCAAGGGAAGGUUUGUCCAUAAACCACGAAUUCACAGCCAUAAUAAUAUCACCGAUGUUGUCAACUUAACUAACAGACUAUCCGUGACAUCAGUGCUCUGGUCGCGGGUCAACCCAUUCUGCAUCUUCACUGUCACAACUGAAGUUCUUUCUUGUUGGGAGCUCACACAUAGUGACAUAUACCCUAAACAUAGCGGUAUCAAAUCAACAAUCGCUAGCAUGUCCAGCGAUGGAACCUUAGCACUGGUAACCAACGACGGAGAAGUGCAAGUACAUCGACUGUCCGGCACCAGAGACAAAACCAUAGACUAUUCUAAUCUAUUCCACAGAUACAUAGCACUUUUAUAGAUACCAUAGACCAGUAAAAUAGGUAUAUAUACCGAUUUUUAGUGCAUCUAUAG